AUGAGUAAGCUAGACUUAAUGAAUAAGAUGCUCGAAUAAUUUCAUCAAAAAAUUCCUCCGGGAACUGCCCCAAAUGGCGACGGCCGGACGGUAAAAACGUUAUAAGGACUUAUUUUACCUCUUAUAACUCUAACUCUUGAAAGUUAAAACCGGCCGGUCUCUCUGUCAUCAACAACGCAUGCCCAACCAGGGUUCAGUUGUCAUACGCACCUCCUCCGGUCGUCCCGAGCACUAGCGCGAAUCUAGACCACGAUGCAACCUUCAUCGCAAUCUCCGUACUACUACCAGCACGCGCAAUCGCAGGGCGCUGGUCCUCCGCCGUCCCAGGUGAAUCAACAGCCACCGCCUUACAACUCCGUUGCGGCUGCUCAACCUCCUAGCGCGGAUGAGAUCCGCAGCAUCCGGAUCGGUGAUCUGCAGCCUUGGAUGGAUGAGGAUUACCUGACGAGAUGCUUUUAUGGUACAGGAGAGGUUGUCUCUGUGAAAGUUAUUCGCAACAAGCAAACUUCACAAUCCGAGGGGUAUGGCUUUAUUGAGUUUAGCAGUCAAGCAGCUGCGGAAAAGAAUCUACAAGCAUACCAUGGCACACCAAUGCCUAAUGCUCAACAGAACUUUCAACUUAACUGGGCUUCUCUAGAUAUUGAAGAGGAUAUCAAGGCUCUCCAGCUCGAUUCAUUUGAAGAUAGUCAUAUAGCCAGUGCAGAUGACGCAAAACCUGAUGAAGUUCCAAAGUCUGAUGACACAUGCAAAACAGAAGUUGAAAUAAAGCCACAAGAGAACUCUGUUCCGAAGUAUAUUGAGCCCGAAGGCAGUCAAGGCACUACAGAAGAAAAAGAAAAGAAAACCCCAGCUCAAGAUGAUGAAGCAGAAAUCCACAAAAAACGACAUCUGAAUGUUGUGUUCAUAGGACAUGUGGAUGCUGGAAAAUCUACUAUUGGAGGACAGAUAUUGUUCCUUAGUGGACAAGUAGAUGAUCGUACAAUCCAGAAGUAUGAGAAAGAAGCAAAGGACAAAAGUAGAGAGAGCUGGUAUAUGGCAUAUAUUAUGGACACAAAUGAAGAAGAGAGGGAUAAGGGGAUUACUGUUGAAGUUGGAAGAGCGCAUUUUGAAACAGAAACUACAAGAUUCACUAUUUUGGAUGCUCCGGGGCACAAGAGCUAUGUACCCAAUAUGAUUAGUGGAGCUUCCCAAGCUGAUAUAGGUGUACUGGUGAUAUCUGCUAGGAAGGGUGAGUUCGAAACUGGAUAUGAAAGAGGAGGACAAACACGUGAACAUGUUCAACUUGCAAAGACUCUUGGUGUCACAAAGCUCCUCAUUGUUGUGAAUAAAAUGGAUGAGCCUACUGUCAACUGGUCAAAAGAAAGGUAUGAUGAAAUCGAGGGGAAAAUGGUACCGUUUUUGAAGUCUUCUGGGUAUAAUGUGAAGAAAGAUGUUCAAUUUCUUCCCAUAUCUGGGAUUUUGGGUUUAAAUUUGAAAACACGUCUAGAUAAAACGACUUGUCCAUGGUGGAACGGCCCAUGCCUAUUUGAAGCUCUUGAUGCAGUUGAAGUCCCACCUCGUGAUCCUAAAGGUCCUUUCAGAAUGCCAAUUAUUGACAAGUUUAAAGAUAUGGGAACAGUUGUUAUGGGGAAAGUCGAAUCUGGGAGUGUACGUGAGGGUGACAGUUUGUUGGUGAUGCCCAAUAAGGCAGCUGUUAAAGUUCUAGCUGUAUUCAUUGAUGAAGAUAAAGUCAGACGAGCAGGGCCUGGAGAAAACUUACGAGUCAGAGUAUCUGGGAUUGAGGAAGAGGACAUCUUGUCAGGCUUUGUUUUAUGCAGUGUUGUAAGGCCAGUACCUGCCGUUACCGAGUUUGUUGCACAGCUGUCAAUCCUGGAGUUACUAGAUAAUGCAAUUUUUACUGCUGGUUACAAGGCCGUGUUGCACAUUCACUCCGUGGUUGAGGAAUGUGAAAUAGUAGAACUGAUGCAGCAGAUAGAUCCAAAAACAAGGAAACCUAUGAAAAAGAAACCACUCUAUGUUAAGAAUGGUGCUUUUGUUGUGUGUCGUGUUCAGGUGAAUAAUCUCAUAUGCAUUGAGAAAUUCUCUGAUUUUGCCCAACUUGGAAGAUUCACUCUUCGAACAGAGGGGAAAACGGUUGCUGUUGGUAAAGUGACUGAUCUUCUACCAUAGGUGAAAGCGCUUCAAAUUUCUUGGGAUUUCAUCAUGUAUUGCUUAUCCCCCAUGCAGGCAUGUGUUUACCCCAUUGCACAAGAGUAAGUUUCAUGAUUUCGAUGUGUGCCAUAAAGGAUAUUACACAUGCGAGUUUCUGAAGUCGCAUAAUGUGAUUGUCUGAUUUCAAGACAGGGAGCUGUGAUUUUGGAGUAUACUGAUAUUUUUAGCGUAGGCAACCCUUAGUACAUGCAGGGUUUAAGGGGUUUCGACCUUUACUUGUUGUGGAUUGCUGAAUGUUUUAUAAUUGUGUUGCUAAACUUAUACAAGUGCCUGAACAUGGUGAUUGUUCUGUGUGGCUUUUUUUGGACCUUUUACCUACAUAUGGUAUAUUUUAAUUUUGUUGUGCUUCGUUCCAUGUACUUUUGAGUGAUUCUCUAUAAAAGAUUUCCAAGCUUUUUGUGGUGUGAGAAUGUCUUUGGAUAGAAUCAUAGAAUCGUAGAACUAGAACUAAUGUUUACCUAAAGAAGAAUUCA